AAACUCCGCCCAUGUAAGCACAUUUAUGCAUAUGAAUCCAAAGCCUCUUCUGCUCUUCUCAACUACUUUACUUUACCACUACUAGCAAAACUGCGAGGAUAAACGGAGAGAGACAACUCUUCACGCUGCUGAACUGCAUUUCUUUGCUCUCUUUUUUUUUUUCCCGAAGAGAAAUCUUCCAUGGGAAAAACCCAUCGUUUUGGUGUGAUUUUGGUGCUGUUUCUCGUACUUGGUGAUGGCUGUGGGGCGAAGCCCAUGUACUCUUGGAGGCUGAUUCACAGGUUCUCGGAUGAAGCGCGGAGCUCGUGGGUUUCCAGAGGGGAGAGUGGUGGGGGCAACGGAACGACGUCGUGGCCGGAGAAGAAGAGCUUUGGGCACAUGAGGAUGCUGUUGGAGAAUGAUUUGAAGCGGCAAAGACUGAGGCUUGGGGCUCAGAAUCAGGUUCUGGUUACUUCUCAGGGCGGCCGAACUGUUAACUAUGGCAAUGACAUGGGUUGGUUGCAUUAUACGUGGAUUGAUAUUGGGAUGCCAAACAAUUCGUUCCUUGUAGCCUUGGAUACUGGAAGUGAUAUGUUUUGGGUUCCUUGUGAUUGUAUAGAGUGUGCUCCACUGUCCUUAAGUUACUACAACAUGUUGGAAAAAGAACUAGGGGAGUAUAGCCCAUCCCAUUCAAGCAGUAGCAAGCGCAUACCUUGCAGCCAUGAAUUGUGUGAAUUGGGACCUAAUUGUGAUACCCCAAAGGCGCAUUGCCCUUAUACCGUAAAUUAUCUGUCUGAUGAUACAUCAAGCUCAGGAUUUCUUUUUGAGGAUCUGUUGCAUUUGGCUUCAGUUGGAGGAAAUAAACAGCAAAGCUUCGUACAGGCUUCCAUAAUCAUAGGCUGUGGCAGCAAACAAACUGGUCAAUAUUUGGAUGGAGUUGCUCCUGAUGGUGUUAUGGGAUUAGGACCAGGGGACAUUUCUGUUCCAAGUUUGCUUGCAAAGUCAGGACUUAUUCCUCAUUCAUUCUCAUUUUGCUAUGACAAGAGCUAUUCCGGUAGACUCUACUUUGGGGACCAAGGGCCUUCAUCUCAAAAAUCUACUUCUCUUUUACCAUUAGAAGGAAAUAGUCUUGCUUACAUUGUUGAAGUGGAAACUUAUUGUGUUGGGAGCUCCUGUCUAAACAAAACGGGAAACAAAGCACAAGUUGAUACUGGGUCAUCGUUCACAUAUCUUCCCAGUGAGAGCUAUGAGCAAGUUGCUUCGGAGUUUCACAGGCAAGCUAAUGCUACAAGGAUCACCAUACAGGGAUUCGAGAACUGUUACAAGGCUCGUGCGCUUAAAGUACCGAACAUCCCCAGCAUGAAACUUGUGUUCUCCAUGAACCAAAGCCUUCUAAUUGAAAAUCCCAUGUUCCAUAUUGCUGAUGAUCAGGGUGGUUUAUAUUGUUUGGGCAUACAACGUAUAGAUGGAGAUAUUGGCCUCAUCGGACAAAACUUCUUAAUGGGUUACCGCAUGGUUUUUGAUUGGGAGAAAUUGAAGCUCGGCUGGUCUAACUCCAAUUGUCAAGAUAUUGCUAGUGACGACGAAAUCCACUCAAAACCACCUCCAAGCGACGCAUCACCCAAUCCUCUGCCAACAAACGAGCAACAGCAGAACCCUCAUGGCCAUGCUGUUCCACCUGCUGUUGCCGGUAAAGCUCCUCCAAAACCCUCAGCAGCUUACCAUCGUCUGCCCCCCUAUCGGUAUUAUAUCAUAAGUCUGUUGUUAUUAGUUUGUACUGCAUGUAUGACUCGUAUCUAACUUGUGGUCUGAAAACCGGUACAUCUAUCUGUAUAUCCGUAUCCAUUUCCGCAAUGUUAAAUCAUCGUUGUAUCUAAUCUUGAAAAUGUUAUCGUGUUC